AUGUCAUCAAAAGCCAUGGAGGUAUCCAGAGACGUUGAGAAAGGGUUGCAAACUUUGAGACAACUCUCUAUCGACGAGGUUGAGAGAGACCUAGAAAGACAAAGGAUGGACGCUGUAUCUGCAUACGAUAAAGAAUCGGACGAUCUUCGACGAGUUCUAGUUCACAUGCCCACAGAACAGAUUCGACUUAAGGUGCUCGCAUUAUUCACCUCGUGCACAAAGUUGGACAUCAAGUUAUUGGCUGUGAUGAGGCGCAAUCUAUACGGUGCCGACGAGGCUUUACCGUCCCCUGAGUUCAAGGCUCCGAAUGGGAGGAAGGUUUCUGUGUACGACGUGGAGGAAGUUGUUCGUAUAGCGGAGGAUUCGGGGUAUCGUAGUCAAGACGUAGAGAAGAAUAAGCUCGCCGCGGGUAAAAUGCUCGAGUUGCUUACCUCCCGCAAGAUGAUCUGA